AUGUCAGCAUCAUCAUCCACGACGGCUGUACUCCAAACCCUCAGGAAGGACGCGGAGAAAAUCAUCGAUACGACACCGAAUAAGGAUUCUUUCGAGGUCUAUCUGGACGAAAGAGAGGAUCCAAAAAACCUCUCGACACUACGAAAAUGGAUCGCAGUCGUCGUCAUCAGUACAGCUGCUCUCUGUGUUUGCUGCGCCUCGUCGGUUGCUGCAUUCACGGAAGAAGGUCUCAUGAGAGACUUUCACGUCAGCAAAAUCGUCUCCAUUCUGUCGAUUAGCUUCUUCAUCGAAGGACUGGGCCUCGGGCCACUCCUCAUCGGGCCGUUGUCGGAGGUAUAUGGGCGAAAUACGGUUUAUCGUGUUUCUUACUCCCUAUUUCUCGUGUGCAAUUUCCCGGUAGCCUUCUCUCCAAAUAUCGUCGUCCACCUCAUAUUUCGGUUCAUAACUGGCUUCUGCGGCUCGGCGUUUCUCAGCGUCGCGGGCGGAAGCAUAACGGAUAUGUUCGACGAUGAAACGGUCGCGAACCCUAUGGCCUUCUACACCAUAUGCCCCUUCAUCGGCCCCGUCUUAGGUCCCCUGAUCGGAGGGUGA